UGGGCCCUACUCUACUCCUUCCUUAGGAGCAGGUGGCUUUUUAUGAAAAAAUCGGUGGCUUGACAUUGAUGUAUGCACUACAGCUUUCAUUAUGGAAAACUUUAUUUUGUACGAAGAGAUCGGAAGAGGGAGCAAGACAGUUGUUUAUAAAGGCAGAAGAAAAGGAACAAUUAAUUUUGUGGCUAUUUUGUGCACUGAUAAAUGCAAAAGAGCUGAAAUAACAAACUGGGUGCGCCUUACUCAUGAAAUUAAGCACAAGAACAUAGUAACAUUUCAUGAAUGGUAUGAAACAAGCAACCAUCUUUGGCUUGUGGUAGAAUUAUGUACAGGUGGAUCACUAGAAAUGGUAAUUGUUCAGGAUGAACACUUACCUGAGGAUGUUGUGAGAGAAUUUGGUAUUGAUUUAGUUACUGGACUCCAUCAUAUUCAUGACCUCGGAAUUCUCUUCUGUGACCUUACUCCUGGAAAGGUUCUCCUGGAAGGGCCUGGCACUCUCAAAUUCAGUAACUUCUGCUUGGCUAAAGCAGAGGGUGAAAACUUGGAAGACUUUUUUGCUUUAAUAGGAAUAGAGGAGCAGGGAGGUGAUAGUGGUGAAAACAGAAGUCUGAAAAACAAACUCAGAGCUUCGCUGACGUAUGUUGCUCCAGAAGUGGUAAAUGGAAUUGACUUCUCUAUAGCCAGUGAUCUGUGGUCGUUGGGCUGUUUGCUAUAUGAAAUGUUUUCAGGAAGACCUCCAUUCUUCUCAGAAAGCACUACUGAAUUACUAGAACAGAUUUUACAUGAAGAUCCUUUUCCACUUAGAUGGCAAGGAUCAGCACUUCUAAAACCAUCUACAGAAUUCCUUAACUUGCUUGAAUCUUUGCUUCAAAAAGAUCCUCAGAAAAGACUGACUUGGGGAGAGCUGUUGCAGCAUCCUUUCUGGAAAGAUGCUUUUAUCCAAUUGCCCUGUGAAACUAUCUCCAGUCAAGACACAAAUUCCAGCAGUGGGAAUGCUGAGCUGUUUGUAGCUGGAAAGUCUGAAGAUCAGAUAGAGAGUCAAAAACCACCAGGUGUUAUAUCCCCAGGAUCAGAAAGUAAACAGUUGAACCAAUCUUUCAGGCUGGAAAAUCCAGAAGAAUUGCGACCUAAAAGUGCUAUUGAUGGCGAAUCAAAUGAAUCUAUAUUUCUUCUCAGUUCUCGACCUACUCCUAGAACAAGCACUGCUGUAGAAAUAAACAGUGUUGCUACUGUUCUACCUCCAAAUUCUGGACACACAGCAUUUCCAUGUCCUUCAGCAAAGGAUAAAAACAUACACUGCAGUCAAGAUAUGGGGUCCAGAGUGAAAGAGCUUAUCUACACAGACGCUGACCUUAUUGUGACUCCAAUUAUUGACAAUCCAAAGAUAGUGAAGCAAGUGCCAGUGAGGUUUGACAUGAAAAAUUUACAUAUACCAGCGCAUUCAGCUGAGAAAUUGUUGAUGCUGAAAGAAGCAGAAUGGAAUGACUUCUUACAACAAGUGUGUCAGCUGACUGGAUCCCCAGAGAAGACUACAGGGGCAGUCAGAGUUAAACUGAAUUUACUUUGCUACCUCUGCACUGUUGCUGGCAAUAAAGAAGUAGCAACUAAGUUAAUCAGCACACAACUAUUCCUAGUGCUAAUGCAACAGCUGAGGAUAGCUCCAAACUGGGAUAUACGUGCCAAAGCAGCCCGAGUAAUUGGUUUACUAGCAUUGCAUACAGCUGAACUUCAAGAGAAUGUUCCAGUUAUUGAGGCAGUUACUCUCUUGACUGAAUUGAUCAGAGAAAACUUCAGGAACAGCAAAUUAAAACAAUGCCUUUUACCUACUCUCGGAGAGUUGUUUUAUCUUGUGGCCAGUCAGGGAGGGAAAAACGAGCACCCCAGAGAGUCCUGGGUCCUUCCUUCAGCUGCUUACACUGUGCUAAUGAGGUGCCUUCGGGAAGGGGAAGAACGUGUUGUAAACCAUAUGGCAGCAAAGAUCGUUGAAAAUGUAUGCUCCACUUCCUCUUUUCAUGCUCAGGGAUUUAUUACUGGAGAAAUUGGACCUAUAUUGUGGUAUCUCUUCAUGCAUUCAACCAUAGAUUCUUUGAGAAUAACUGCUAUUUCGGCAUUAUGCAAAAUUACUCAUCACUCACCUAGUGCUUUCCAAAGUGUGAUUGAAAAAGUGGGAUUAACAGCUGUGAUACACUCACUGGCAACUGGAAUAUGCAAAGUUCAACAGUACAUGAUGACUAUGUUCUCUGCUAUGUUGUCAUGUGGAAUCCAUUUGCAAAGCCUGAUUCAAGAAAAGGACCUUGUAACUACAGUCAUUCGACUAUUUGAAAGUCCUUCCUCUUCCAUUCGAGCAAAAGCUUUUUUGGUCCUGUUACAAGUUCUAAUUAAUAAUAAAGAAAUGCUACUUCUGAGCUGCCAAGCAAGAUUGGUGAUGUACAUUGAAAGAGACAGCAGGAAGGCCACACCAGGAAAAGAGCAGCAAAACAGCAAUGAAUACCUGUCAAAAUGCCUGAAUCUUCUCAUCUAUCAUAUUGUGCAAGAGUUGCCGCAAAUUCUAGGUGACAUACUUUCUGCUUUAGCCAAUGUAUCAGGACGUAAACAUCCAUCAACAAUUCAAGCUAAACAGCUGAAAGGGUGCCUUCCAAUGAUGCCUGUAGUACUUCAUCUUGUGACAUCCCAGGUAUUUCGACCACAAAUUGUGACUGAGGAGUUUAUUUGCAGCUAUGGAACUUUAUUGAAUUUUGUCAAAUUAAUAGAUUCCGGAGAAACUAACUUAGAUGGAGCAAUAGGUCAAACAGCUUCAGAAGAACUGGUUAAGACUGCUUUAUCAAUAUUUGAAGCAAUAAUACAACAUCCAGUCUUGUUGAUGCUUUACCACUCAACAGUUAUGGAUUACGUCCUGCCACCCUUAGUUUCUUUGGUCUCCAGUCAAAAUGUGGAAUGGAGACUCUUCAGUUUGCGGUUGCUCUCAGAAACCACAUCACUGCUUGUGAGCCACGAGGUCAUGACUGAAGAGAGAGAGAACCUUAACUCAAACAGCAAACUUCUGUGUCUCGUUAGGGAUUCAUUGCUGCCUCAAUUUGAACAAAUUCUAAUGGCACCUGACCCAGUACCAGCUUAUGCACUGAAGCUGCUAGUUGCCCUUACAGAGUACAGCCCUGCUUUUAUAAGCCUUAUUGAAGAAAUACAUCUUGUUCCAACUAUUUUUCAAGUCAUUCUGGAGCACCAGGGUAACCUACUGGGAAACACAAUGCAGACUGCAGUUGCAAUCCUAAAUAACCUGGUUUCUUAUAAAAAUACAAAUAUGGCAUUACUUUAUGAACAAGGUCUUGUCCAUCACAUCUGUAACCUCCUAAUAGAAACUGCAGCUCUGUGCUUGGAUGCAGUUGAUAAAAGCAACAUCAAGACAGCAAAUGCAUUGCUCCUCUCGUUGCUUGACAUUUUGCACCACAUGCUUAUAUAUACAGCUAAAGUUGUCCGCCUGACGCUACAGGCACAGAAGUCUGGCACUGGAGGGGACACUCAGACUGCUGAAGACCUUCUGCUUAUCAAUAAACCAAUAACGGACCUAAUUAGCUUGCUUAUUCAGCUGCUUCCAAAUGAGGACACUGAAAUAUAUGAGAAUGCAUCACAGAGCUUGUCCUUGUUAGUUCAACUCUAUGGUGGGGACAACAUGGAUAGUAUGUCUCCAGAAAAUAUGGAUAGCUUUGCUGAAGUACUGCAGUUUAAAAAGGAAGCAAAAGAUCAGAAGCUUUUGUUGAGGAUCAUUAAAAGACUGAUAACUUCAAAUGAAAAGCACUCUGAAAGCUUGAAGAAUGAUGGAGAAAUUCUUGUCCGCACGCUAGAAAGACUGGCCCAAAGUGCCAGCUUCCAUGCUGAUAUAGUGAUUGCUUCCUUGGCUUCUGAAAUCCUCAAGAAAAUUCAACACUAUCAAGGCUCGUUUAAUUAAGCCCACGGAAC